AUGGACAUGUCAGAAGCCACAUCAGCAGAUGUUGAGGAGGAGGAGGAGGAGGAGGAGGAGGAGGAGUUGGGUUCCGCUCACGUUGUUUUUGCCUUCCGACGAAGACAAUGUGUAGUAUGCGCCAAGGCCACGACCGAGUGUGCAUCCAAGGGGCGUUGACGAUUGGGACCCAGAAUUCAUCUCCAGGCAGCAUGGUCUGCGCCGACGUGGGCGAUAAAAUCACCAAGGACAAGUCACCAAGUCGUCGGCUCAGACGCCAGGAGUGCAUGCGGUUCCGCGUAGAAUUUGUUCCUCGUCUCGGCGGGAAUGCUCAUCGGCGGAGCGAAGAUAUUGACAAGGAUGGUAAUAUCUCCAUCCCAGAGAGGAAAGCGGAGGCUCAUCAGGCGAUCGUUAAUGCCCAACAGUAAACAGGGCAGACGUCCCACAAUGUCGUUUCGUAUGGCGAAGGUGACAUUCGCGCCUCGCCGCUCUGCCCUGGGGCGACCACGCCAGAAGAAGGUGUAGCCGGCACCCACCUCCUCCAGUUGGCCUUGUUCGGAGAAUCGGGUCUCUCUGAGUGCGACGAUGUCCACCUUGUAUUGCGCCUGUUCUCGAGCUACUAAUGCCGUCUUCCGUUCCGAUCGGGUGCCCCCCGGAUUGUCUAGAAGGGAACGAACAUUCCAGGCCGCCAGAGUGAGCGGACUCACGCUGCCAGUCAGCCGAGAUGGGCGACGUGAAUGAGGAGGAGGAAGAGGAGGAGGAGGAGGAGGAGGAGGAGGGGGAGGAUGAGGAGGAGGAGUUGAAGGAGGAGGGAGCGAUGGCGGGAAAGGAGGAGUAG